GACGAAUUGAAUGGUGACCCCCCUGAGAAGCACGAACCGGUCAGAGAAUCUCCAAAAAGCGAACCCGCCUCCCCGCUGCAAAAGCGGAGCGACGGUGAAACAAGCGAGGCGAUUAUCGAAAUGCAGGAGGAUAAAGAACGGUUGGGGAGUGUCAUGUGGAACGAAACGGACAAAUUAGACGAUGCUGAUAAAGAAGUGCAACGUGAGGAUGACACAACUGGUGGAUCGGAAAAACGGGACGACGCGCAGUCAAGUCCACGGGAAACAGGUGAGGAAAACAGCGAGUUGUACGAGAUGGACCAAAUAAAUAGUGAUGAGGCGAGGCCCUGUGGGGAGGAGGAAAAAACCCACGAAGCGUAG